GAAAUGAACAGAAAUGGCAGGAUAUCAUCAAAGAGGUCCGAUUUCUCCAACAGCUAAAGCACCCCAACACCAUCGAGUACAAAGGCUGCUAUUUGAAAGAACAUACCGCCUGGCUAGUGAUGGAAUACUGCCUGGGAUCUGCUUCAGAUCUGUUGGAAGUACAUAAAAAGCCACUCCAGGAAGUAGAGAUCGCUGCCAUUACCGACGGUGCCUUGCAGGGAUUGGCAUAUCUUCAUUCACAUUAUAAAAUUCACAGGGAUAUUAAAGCAGGAAAUAUUCUUCUAACAGAACUGGGCCAAGUGAAACUAGCGGACUUCGGCUCUGCUUCUAUAGCCUCUCCUGCCAAUUCUUUCGUGGGAACACCUUACUGGAUGGCUCCAGAAGUAAUCUUGGCUAUGGACGAUGGGCAGUACGACGGGAAAGUCGACGUUUGGUCGCUGGGAAUUACCUGCAUCGAGUUAGCGGAACGGAAACCACCCCUCUUCAAUAUGAACGCAAUGAGUGCCUUAUAUCACAUCGCCCAGAACGAUUCCCCCACGCUACAGUCCAAUGUGUGGACAGACUCUUUUAGAAGAUUUGUUGAUUACUGCUUGCAGAAAAUACCUCAGGAGCGUCCAUCGUCAUCCGAACUUUUGAGGCACGAAUUUGUACGAUGCGAGCGUCCGUCCCGGGUCCUCGUAGACUUGAUUCAAAGAACCAAGGAUGCGGUCCGAGAGUUGGAUAACCUCCAGUCUCGCAAAAUGAACAAAAUCCUUUUCCAGGAGGUCUACAAUGGCCCUCUGAACGAGUCUCAGGAAGACGAGGAGGACAGUGAGCAUGGGACAAACCUGACUAGGAAGAUGGACAGUCUGGGCAGCAAUCAUUCCAUCCCCAGCAUGUCUAUCAGCACAGGCAGCCAGAGCAGCAGUGUCAACAGCGUGCAGGAGGUAAUGGAGGAGAGCAGUUCUGAGCUGCUUCUGAUGCAUGACCACGAGAGCUCCAUUAAUUCCACUUCCUCUGUUGUCAUUAAGAAGGAUCAUGUAUUCAUAAGGGAUGAGGUGGGCCACGGGGAGCGCAGGCCUGAACUGCGGCCUACUCAUUCGGUCCAGAAUCAGGCCCUUCACUACCGGAACAGAGAACCAUUUGCCACAAUCAAAUCAGCAUCAUUGGUUACAAGGCAGAUCCAUGAGCAUGAGCAGGAGAACGAGUUGCGGGAACAGAUGUCAGGAUAUAAACGGAUGCGGCGCCAGCACCAGAAGCAGCUGAUCGCCCUGGAGAACAAGCUGAAGGCUGAAAUGGACGAACACCGCCUCAAGCUGCAGAAAGAGGUGGAGACCCAUGCCAACAACUCGUCCAUUGAACUGGAGAAGCUAGCCAAGAAACAGGUGGCCGUCAUAGAGAAGGAGGCAAAGACAGCGGCAGCAGAUGAGAAGAAGUUCCAGCAACAGAUUUUGGCUCAGCAAAAGAGGGAUCUGACCAAUUUCUUAGAAAGUCAGAAGAAGCAAUACAAGAUUUGCAAAGAAAAGAUUAAAGAGGAGAUGAACGAGGAUCACAGCACACCCAAGAAGGAGAAGCAGGAAAGGAUCUCCAAACACAAAGAAAACCUGCAGCACACACAGGCUGAAGAGGAGGCGCAUCUUCUCAGCCAGCAGAGACUCUACUACGACAAAAACUGCCGUUUCUUCAAGCGGAAAACGAUGAUCCGAAGGCAUGAGUUGGAGCAGCAGAAUAUUCGUGAGGAGCUGAACAAGAAGAGAACCAGAAGGAGAAUGGAACAUGCCAUGCUAAUACGGCACGACGAGUCGACGCGGGAGUUAGAAUACCGGCAGUUGCACUUGCUGCAGAAGCUGCGUAUGGACUUGAUCCGGCUGCAGCACCAGACGGAACUUGAAAACCAGCUGGAGUAUAACAAGCGGCGGGAACGAGAGCUGCACAGGAAGCACGUCAUGGAGUUGCGGCAACAGCCGAAGAAUUUGAAGGCCAUGGAAAUGCAGAUCAAGAAGCAGUUCCAAGACACGUGCAAAGUGCAAACGAAGCAGUACAAAGCGCUCAAGAAUCACCAGCUGGAAGUGACUCCAAAGAGUGAGCACAAAACUAUUUUGAAAAGCCUGAAGGAUGAGCAGACGAGGACUGCCAUCCUGGCGGAACAGUAUGAGCAGAGCAUCAAUGAAAUGAUGGCGUCGCAAGCGCUGCGGCUAGACGAGGCUCAGGAAGCGGAAUGCCAAGCCUUGAGGCUGCAAUUGCAGCAAGAGAUGGAACUGCUCAACGCCUACCAGAGCAAAAUCAAGAUGCAGACAGAAGCACAGCACGAACGGGAGCUCCAGAAGUUGGAGCAGAGGGUGUCCUUGCGCAGAGCACAUCUGGAGCAAAAGAUUGAAGAGGAGUUGGCUGCCUUGCAGAAGGAACGUAGCGAGAAGAUCAAGGUUUUGUUGGAAAGGCAAGAGCGAGAGAUUGAAACUUUUGACAUGGAGAGUUUACGGAUGGGCUUCGGAAACUUGGUGACAUUAGAAUUUCCUAAGGAGGACUACAGAUGAGAUUAAAUUCCUUUGGCCAUUUUCCAAAAAAACAAAAAAAACAACAACAACCCCACAAAAACAAAAAAACCCACACGAGCAAAAAUACAAACCAAGGAGGGGAAAAGAAAGAAAAAAAAUAAAUAUCUCAAACCAACAUGGCCCCCGUUCCCCACUCCGUCCCCCCAAGUUCAUGGCCGUGCUCGCUCUCUCUUUCUGUCUCUUAACUGACGUCCUGUCGGACUUAGUGCCUGUAAAAAAAAAUUUUUUUAAUCCAUCAGGGCCUCCCACCUUCCCACCGAGUGUCUCGUUGGAGCCUGGACCAUGCUUGGCUGUUUCUGGAAACUUCAUAAUGUCUCACAAUAUCGAUGUCUCUGUGGAAGCCAUUUUGGUUUUCUUUUCUUUUUCUUUUUUUUUCUUCUUUUUCUUUUUUUUUUUUAUAUUUUUUUUCCGAUUUACCUUUUCGGUGCAAACUUUGGAGACCGUUCCAAUGAAUCCAACCAACCAACCGAUCAACGCCAACCACAAAAAAAACAACAACAAGGAAAUUCAAGUUUUUUGGCUUUCGGGCAAUCAUUCCUGGAUGGCCACCAACCCAUGAGGGAAAAAAAAAAACCACACACAAACCAACAAAAAUUCAGAAGGAACCUGGAAAAACAAAAAGAAAGAAAACCACACAAAAACCCUCCGAAUAAAUAGCAUCUCUCUUCUUCUUCUUUUUUUUUAAUUUAUUUAUUUCUGGAAAAAAACAAAUUUUAAAAAGAAACAAAACAGAAGCGUUCAGCGUUUUUCCCCCCCUACCCCUCGCCAGAGAAGGGGAGAGGAAAAAAAUAAAUAAAUAAAAAUAACGUC